AUGAGCCAUCUUUAUCAGGUCGCGAAGACCGUGAGGAUCGGUACGGACAAGGUCCUGGCGGUUCGCACACUCUGGUAUGACAAGCAGGAGUUGUACGAGACCAACGGGAAGGGGCGAGGCAAGGUCACCAGCGUCGACGACAGGCGACGCGUCAUCACCAAAGAGCAAGAGGAUGGGCUGAACGAGUUCAUCACGAGCGAGCACGAGGCGGGACGUCAGGUCUUCGUCAAGGAUUACUUGGAGGUGCCUUGGCUUCAAGCGCUGCAGGGGUGUAGGAUCAAAAUACCUCCGUUGAACGAGGAGAGGAAAAACCGCAUCCGCCUCUUUCUUGUUAAGAUGGACCUCGCGAAGAGGGCCGAGGACGCUGGGGUCGCAGUCAUUGUGUACAUGGAUGAGAGCUUUGUUCACCAGGCGCAUGGUUCCGCGUACUCGUACUUUCCUUCUAACGAUAAGGGGGUUGUGCAGGAUGAGAUAGGCCGUACAACGGGGAAAGGUGUGCGUAUGAUCAUGGUGCAUGCGAUCACGAAGCACGGGCCCUUGGCCGAGCUACAGGAGGGAUUUCCUAUCCGUGAGGAUGAGCAGACAGCAGGAUUUCUGUGGCAGGCCAAGUUGGCAACUGGAGAUUAUCAUAAUACCAUGAUGGAUGGGAUGUUCAUGCAGUGGUUGAAGCACCGACUUACCCCGGCCUUUGAUGCACAGAAGAAGUACAACGUCGAACUCUUGCGUAAGUACGGUUGCACGUUGUCCAAGGUGACGCGUGAGUCGGAGGGUAAGGCUGCUGAGUACAACUUUGAGGUGCCGGCGCAGGGGUCGUUACCCAAGGCGAACCGCAAGAACGGCGUCAGCAAAGAAGAGAUAGACUUCGCUGAGACGUACAUGAGGGAGAAGGGGUUGGGGUUAAUUUGGACACCGCCGUACAUGCCGACUUUUCAGCCGAUCGAGCUGUUCUGGCAGCACGGCAAGCAUUACGUGAGCAUUCAUUUUGAGAAGGGGCGGACCAUGUUGGAUGUCUGGAGGCGAAUCCGUCUCGGUUGGUAUGGAAACCCGGAAUGGGACGGUCAGGAGGGGGGGUGGAAGACAGCCAAUUGUGGAAAGUUGGUGGAACAUGCCAUUGGCAAGAAGAACGAGUGGAUCGGCCUGUAUGGUGGAAGCCUGAGCGGUACGAUCGGUAGCCUCGAGUAUCCUAUGGCAGAGUACCGAGAGGGAAUGGCCGAGGAUGAGAUAGAGGAUGGGGUGGAGGAGCAGACGGAUAAGUGGCUGGGUGAGGACGCGGAAGAUGCCAUGGAAGGCUGAAAAAAUUAUGCAAAAAAAAA